CGAAGGGGCGGGAGCAAAACAAUUGUGUUUUACAUGAGCAGUGCUGCAGUCGUGGUACGAUCCAGUUUACCGAAAUGGCGGAGACAGCGGACAGAAUGGAGGUGUCCCAGGGAGAAAGCUCAGCAAAACCUGCAGCAGAAGACAUGACCUCCAAAGACUACUACUUUGAUUCCUAUGCACACUUUGGCAUCCAUGAGGAGAUGCUGAAGGAUGAAGUUCGUACUCUGACGUACAGAAACUCCAUGUUCCACAACAAGCAUCUCUUCAAGGAUAAAGUAGUGCUGGAUGUGGGAAGUGGAACCGGCAUCCUUUGUAUGUUUGCAGCCAAGGCUGGGGCCAAGAAAGUUAUCGGGAUUGAGUGCAGCAGUAUAUCAGACUAUGCUGUGAAGAUUGUGAAGGCCAACAAGUUGGAUCACAUUGUUACCAUCAUUAAGGGCAAAGUAGAGGAGGUUGAGCUUCCUGUGGAGAACGUAGACAUAAUCAUCUCCGAGUGGAUGGGAUACUGUCUCUUCUACGAAUCCAUGCUUAACACUGUCAUUUAUGCCAGAGACAAAUGGCUGAAACCUGAUGGCCUGAUUUUCCCUGACAGAGCCACGCUCUAUGUCACUGCUAUUGAGGAUAGACAGUACAAGGACUACAAAAUUCACUGGUGGGAGAAUGUUUAUGGCUUUGACAUGUCCUGUAUUAAGGAAGUGGCCAUUAAGGAACCACUUGUGGAUGUCGUUGACCCUAAACAGCUUGUUAGUACUGCCUGUCUCAUUAAGGAGGUGGACAUCUACACGGUGAAGAUUGAGGACCUGUCCUUCACGUCACCUUUCUGCCUGCAGGUGAAAAGGAAUGACUACAUUCAUGCGCUGGUAACCUACUUCAACAUUGAGUUCACUCGCUGCCACAAGAGGACAGGUUUCUCUACUAGCCCAGAGUCUCCUUACACUCACUGGAAGCAGACUGUCUUCUACCUUGAUGACUAUCUGACGGUGAAGACUGGAGAGGAGAUCUUUGGCACCAUCAGCAUGAAACCCAAUGUCAAGAAUAAUAGAGACCUGGACUUUACUGUUGACAUCGACUUCAAGGGUCAGCUUUGUGAGGUGUCCAAGACGUCAGAAUACAGGAUGCGCUAGGUUCCUUUGUGUGUGAAGCAUCACAGAGCAGUGCACACUUGUGUCUGUGAAUCCAUGUACAUUAUUCCAAACUGUGCAUGACACAUUUUUAAAGAUUCUGUUUUACAGAAUGCUGACUUUUUUUCUUUUCUUCCUCCUCUUAGAAAUGUGCCCAAUAGGAUUAAACAUGGCAUUCUUUUUGACCCUUUUUCCAAAUUUUAGGUGCACCAUCUUGGAUAAAAUACCUUGGGUUUAUGCAUGUACACGUGUGACUGCUCGGUUACCUGUUUGUCUGAUAUUUCAUCCACAUACUUAUGUUUUUUGUUUUUGCCAUGCCAACAUGUUGUUGGUCACCUGUAGAAAAUGCAAAUCAGCCAUGUUUUCAUAUUCCAUCUGGCAAAGCCAGCAUCUUCCAUGUAGGUAAAAACCUGUCAUGUUUCACUGUGGACAGGAGUCCUGCCCAGUAGUAUCUGAAUGAGCCCAUAUCAUUUUUCUUUUUUUUUUCUUUUUUUUUGUGUGUUCUGUACUUUGAGGCCAUUGUUUUGGACCAUCAGUAGAGGGAGCCACUUGUCUCUUUGGAGUAACAGUUUUAAUUCAUGUAGUGCUCCUAUGUCCCCUUUUUUUUUUUUUUUUUUUUUUUUUUUU